GCCCACCUCGUCUUUGGUGCAACGGUGGCCGAGGGAGGACAAGAGGCUUGCGAGGCAAGGGACGCUUUCACCAGGAAGCCAGGCAGCUUUUGGUGUCCGACCCGGCUGUGCGGACAUGGCGGCGGCGGCGCUGCUGGCUGUGGUGGACAGGAACCAGUGGCGGCGGGUCCCGAUCCUGCUGCUGCAGCCGAGGGAAUGGGCUUGGAAGCAGAGAGCCAUGAAGUAUGGAACAACCCCAGGAAGAAGCAUUGCCAAGGUCCUCAUUGCAAACAGAGGAGAAAUUGCCUGCAGGGUGAUACGAACAGCCAAAAGAAUGGGCAUACAGUCUGUGGCUGUUUACAGUGAGGCUGACAGGAAUUCCAUGCAUGUAGAUAUGGCAGAUGAAGCAUAUUCCAUCGGCCCUGCUCCAUCUCAGCAGAGCUACCUGGCAAUGGAGAAAAUCAUUCAAGUGGCCAAGAGCUCUGCAGCACAGGCCAUCCAUCCAGGAUAUGGCUUUCUUUCAGAAAACAUGGAAUUUGCUGAACUUUGUAAGCAAGAAGGGAUUAUUUUUAUAGGCCCUCCUUCGUCUGCAAUUAGAGAUAUGGGUAUAAAGAGCACAUCCAAGUCCAUCAUGGCUGCUGCUGGAGUCCCUGUUGUGGAAGGUUACCAUGGCGAGGACCAGUCUGACCAGUGCCUGAAAGAGCACGCUGGGAAAAUCGGGUACCCUGUUAUGAUCAAAGCUGUCCGUGGUGGAGGAGGAAAAGGCAUGAGGAUCAUUAGAUCUGAAAAAGAGUUCCAGGAGCAGUUAGAAUCAGCCCGGAGAGAAGCUAAGAAGUCUUUCAACGAUGAUGCUAUGUUGAUCGAGAAGUUUGUGGACACCCCAAGGCACGUGGAAGUCCAGGUGUUUGGUGAUCACCAUGGCAAUGCAGUAUACUUGUUUGAAAGAGACUGUAGUGUGCAGAGGCGACAUCAGAAGAUCAUUGAGGAGGCCCCAGCGCCUGGUAUUAAUCCUGAAGUAAGAAGAAAGCUGGGGGAGGCUGCAGUCAGGGCUGCUCAGGCUGUCAAGUAUGUGGGAGCAGGAACUGUGGAAUUCAUUAUGGACUCAGAGCACAAUUUUUAUUUCAUGGAGAUGAACACAAGGCUACAAGUAGAACAUCCCGUCACCGAAAUGAUCACCGGGACUGACUUGGUGGAGUGGCAGUUCAGGAUUGCAGCAGGAGAGAGGAUUCCCUUGACCCAGGAAGAAAUCCCUCUGCAGGGCCACGCCUUUGAGGCUAGAAUAUAUGCAGAAGACCCUGACAAUAGCUUCAUGCCAGGGGCUGGACCACUGGUUCACCUCUCUACCCCUCAGGCAGACAUGUCUACGAGGAUUGAAACUGGAGUAAGGCAAGGAGAUGAAGUCUCGGUGCAUUAUGACCCCAUGAUCGCAAAGCUUGUUGUGUGGGCUGCAGAUCGCCCAUCAGCCCUGUCGAAACUGAGGUACAGCCUUCAUCAGUACAACAUUGUCGGCUUGCGCACCAAUGUGGACUUCCUGCUCCGGCUGUCUGGCCACCCAGAGUUUGAAGCUGGAAAUGUGCACACUGACUUCAUCCCUCAGCACCACAAGACACUCCUACCCACCCACAGCAUCAUAGCCAAAGAGGCUGUGUGCCAGGCAGCUUUGGGGCUCAUCCUCCAAGAAAAAGAGAUGACCAGCGCUUUCAAACUUCACACACAAGAUCAAUUCUCUCCGUUUUCAUUCAGCAGUGGGAGAAGACUGAAUAUCUCUUACACCAGAAACAUGACUCUGAGAAGUGGUAAAAGUGAUAUAGUCAUAGCUGUGACAUAUAACCAUGAUGGGUCAUAUGACAUGCAGAUUGAAAAUCAGACCUUCCGAGUUCUUGGUGACCUUUGCAGUGAGGGAGGCUGUACCUACCUAAAGUCUUCUGUUAACGGAGUAGCCAGUAAAUCCAAGUUCGUCAUGAUGGACAACACCAUCUACCUGUUUUCCAUGGAAGGAAGUAUUGAAAUUGGCAUUCCAGUACCCAAGUACUUGGCCUCAGCGAGCUCAGAAGGAACUCAGGGUGGUACCAUCGCACCUAUGACUGGAACCAUUGAAAAGGUGUUGGUGAAAGCUGGAGACAGGGUAAAAGCCGGAGACUCUCUGAUCGUUAUGAUCGCCAUGAAGAUGGAGCAUACCAUAAAAGCUCCAAAGGAUGGCAGGAUAAAAAAGGUGUUCUUCAGAGAAGGGGCCCAGGCCAACAGACAUGCACCUCUAGUGGAGUUUGAAGAGGAAUCUGACUAAUUCAAGUUAUAAUGACUGUGUUCACAGCGACUGCACAGCAUCUUACCUACCUGGAUCCAGCAAGUGCCUCUUGAAUUUCUAGAUCCUGGGAAGAGGAGCUUUAUUAAAUAAAUAAUCAUGUGAUUGUAAAACCCUUUCAUACUUACAAAUUAUCUCAAAAGAUUUCAUAGAAAUAAAACUGAGUUGUAUUUUUUUUUUUAGAAACUAUUGUUUGCCUUAGAUCUUGUAUGUUUACUCUUUUAGAAGUAGGGUAAGGGAAAGUCAUGUAAGUGAAUGGCUUUCCAGUUCCCCUGAUGACAAUAUAGUAACGUACUUCAGAGGCAGGGGUCACAGAGCUGAACUCAACCACGGCUCACUUAUUUUAAGACAUGAGAGUCACUUGUGUCUAGUCCUUGUGUUUGGAAAGUUUCUCUUUAGAUUCUGCCUUUAUUGUACUUGCGGGCAGCCUGGGAAGCCCUGAGUGAGUGAAUGUGUGCUUCUACUGAAUGUGUGCUGUUGAUCUGGACACAGCCAUGUCAAGGAUCUUAGCCUUAGACCCAAGGAAAAUGGCACCCCACCCACCCCCACUCUGAGAUUCUCCUUUGGGUGGGUGAGGCUUAGGGGAAUUUUGAACAAAGCCUUCCUCUGUUUCCUGUGCAGACAUUGAUAUUGUGUGCAAACAUUGUCCACCAUAGCUUUCUCCCCCCAGGAUGUUUACAGCCUGCUCUCCUGCAGAGACCACUCCUACCAAGAUGAGCUAACCUGUGGCCUUGAUCCAGCUGUGCCUCCCGGGCUCCUCUUUUCCUCAUUACCUUACCACCCCAGUCAGGUCUGUCCCUGGAACUCUGCUAGCAUGGCAGUACUGCACUCACUAAGUGGGCAUCUUAAAAAAGCGUUUGUAUCAUACUCAGACGUUAUUUAUCUUUAAUUUGGAUAAAUUUAAAAAAAUGGUUUUGCACAGAUUGGCUAAAGGGCCAAGGAGAUGGCAGAGUGAUUCAGGUGCCUACACAAAAGCAAGAGGACUGGAAUUCGGAUUCGGAGUGCCCUGAAAAUGCCAGGCAAGCAUGCCAUCUUGCCUGCAAUUCCACCCUCAGAAGGCGGAGACCGGAUCUUUGGUAUGAGCUGGCUAGCGAGACUCGCCAUAGCAGUGAGCUCUGAGUUUGGUUGAGAGACCUGGCCUCACAGUGAGGCCGAAGCAUAAUUGAGGAAGAUCCCGGGCAUCAACUUCAGGCCUCUACACACAUGGCUGACAUACAGGAAUGGGGACGGAAUAGAGAGGAGGGCUGAGAAGGGACGGAAGAAGGCUGGAAGUGCAGCAAGCUUCUGUGAAGUCCUAGGGAAUGGAAUUAGGGCUAGAGGAGAGGCAUCUGCAAGCACGCUGCUCCGGGGCUGGGUGUGAUGGAGGGUGAGGAUUGCCUGGUCAAUAAUCUCAUCGGAGAUGGGCAUAAUCAUGUCAGAAUUUCCAAAAUGUAUGCCCUGGAUGUCGAGGGAGUGGUUCCAAAGGUAGUUUUGACAAUGGUGGCAGAGAGUCAGGAGUGGGUCUCCCACAGUCUGAUUAUCUGCCCUAGUUAGGAUGUCCAUUCAUUCAUCAAGGGAACAUCUCCUGGAUGUCAUUGGAGGUGAAAGCCGGCUGGUGUGGAAAUGGGUGUUUCAGUGGAAGCUUUGUGAGCAGAUGUGACCAGGGUAAGAUUCAUUAAGGAAAUGGGUGGAGGGUUUAGACUGAAGUGUGGGGCAGCAGCAGAACCUGGCCGGACAGUGAGCUGGUGUUGCCCUGUGCGUGAGCAGAUUUGCACAACUAGAGGAGAGACGCCAAGGUGUGCAAUGGAGGCUGAGGAAAAAUCCUGCCAUGAAGUGAGAAACUGGUGAGGAGUGAUUAUAUAGAGUUACUUUUUUAGCAAGGAACCUACCUGACUCCAUUUUGAAGGCAGGAGUCAUUAUACUGUAUUUUUAAA